AGAGACAGGAUGGAGGGGGGGGAUGCCAGCUGAUGAUAGGAACUGGUAUUCUAUAUGAAUCCAUAGUUCCUUCUCAUGGAUCCCCCCCCGUGUCUGAGUGCUCAGUUGGUACGGCCCUCCGACAAUAAAACCCACCACCAGUGAGUCUCGAUGUGGCACUUUCACUCGGUCCUCUGGCUCAACGCACAAGAGUCACCGGCUUGAUUUCGAAAACGGAGAAAACGGCGUGCCGACUCGACCGGUCACAGGGAACACGCCCCAGCAUGGCAUCCACUGCUGGGCCCUGGCACAGCGACAGGGAGGGAUGGAGAGACGGAGGGGAGAAGCAGGUCUCUCAGGCUGUCAGAGCCCAGAUACCUGGGCACAGACAAAGAAAUGAGAAAACUUGCUUGCCUCAGCCUGGCUUCUCAACUGUCAGUCUGUCAGCCAGGCAGGCAGGAGCUCAGCAUGAGGCUUCUUGAAGAAUGAGAGGGACAACGCCCUGCUGUCAGCCAUCGAGGAGUCUCGCCGCAGGACGUUCCUGUUGGCUGAAGAGUACCACCGUGAGUCCAUGCUGGUCCAGUGGGAGCAGGUGAAGCAGAGAGUGUUGCACACGCUGCUCGGAGCAGGAGAGGACGCACUGGACUUCAGUCAAGACGUGGAGCCGAGCUUUGUGAGUGAAGUGACCGCUCCAGGAAGGAGUGCGUUGGACAGCGUGGAGGUGGCGUAUGGACGACAGAUUUACAUUUUCAAUGAGAAGAUCGUGAAUGGUCACAUUCAGCCUAAUCUGGGAGACUUAUGUGCGUCUGUCGCAGAAAGCCUGGAUGACAAGAACGUGUCAGACAUGUGGCUGAUGGUGAAGCAGAUGACAGACGUGCUGCUGGUUCCAGCCAAAGACACUCUGAAAAGUCGCACCUCUGUUGAAAUGCAGAUGGCCUUUGUACGCCAGGCGCUCAGCUUCCUAGAGAACAGUUAUAAAAACUACACCAUGGUGACUGUAUUUGGGAACCUCCAUCAGGCCCAACUAGGUGGAGUGCCAGGAACGUACCAACUAGUCCGCAGCUUCCUCAACAUUAAACUACCGGGGCCUUUGCCUGGCAUGCAGGAUGGUGAGAUAGAGGGCCAUCCAGUGUGGGCUGUGAUCUACUACUGUCUGCGAUGUGGAGAUCUGAAUGCAGCCAUGCAGGUUGUGAACAGAGUGCAACAUCAGCUGGGAGACUUUAAGACCUGGUUUCAGGAGUACAUGAACAGCCCUGACAGGCGCCUUUCGCCAACGUCAGAGAACAAGCUCCGCCUCCACUACCGCAGGGUGCUGAGGAACAGCGCUGACCCUUACAAGAGAGCCGUCUACUGCCUGAUCGGGAAAUGUGACAUCAGUGAUAACCAUGGAGAGGUGGCAGACAAGACUGAAGACUACCUCUGGCUGAAGUUGAACCAGGUGUGUUUUGAUGAUGACGGCAGCAGCUCUUCUCAGGACAGACUCACCCUGCCACAGCUGCAGAAACAGCUGCUGGAGGACUAUGGAGAGUCCCAUUUCUCUGCGAGCCAGCAGCCCUUCCUGUAUUUCCAGGUGUUGUUCCUGACGGCUCAGUUCGAGGCGGCGGUGGCUUUCUUGUUUCGCGUUGAGAGACUUCGGAGUCAUGCUGUGCACGUGGCGCUGGUCCUGUACGAGCUGCGGCUGCUGCUGAAGUCGUCCGGCCAAAGCGCUCAGCUGUUGAGCCAGGAGCCCGGUGACCCUCCCAUGGUGCGCCGCCUCAACUUCAUCCGUCUGCUCAUGCUGUACACUCGCAAGUUUGAGUCCACUGAUCCACGGGAAGCCCUGCAGUACUUCUACUUCUUACGUAAUGAGAAAGACAGCCAGGGAGAAAACAUGUUCAUGCGCUGUGUCAGUGAGCUUGUUAUUGAGAGUCGUGAGUUUGACAUGCUGUUGGGGAGAUUAGAGAAGGACGGCAGUAGGAAGCCUGGAGUCAUAGAUAAGUUCGCCGGGGACACCAGAGCUAUCAUCAGUAAAGUGGCUCUGGAGGCCGAGAACAAGGGCUUGUUUGAGGAGGCAGUCAAACUCUACGAGCUGGCCAAGAACUCGGAUAAGGUGUUGGAGCUAAUGAACAGGCUGCUGAGUCCAGUCAUCGCCCAGGUCAGCGCUCCUCAGUCCAACAAGGAGAGGCUAAAAAACACUGCCGUGGCUAUUGCCGAGAGGUAUCGUUCUCAGGGCGUAGCAGGAGAUAAGUCCGUCGAUAGUACUUUCUACCUGCUGUUGGACCUGACGACGUUCUUUGACGAGUACCACGCGGGUCACGUUGACCGAGCCUACGACGUGAUGGAGCGUUUGAAGCUCCUUCCUCUCAGUCAGGACAGUGUGGAGGAGAGAGUGGCUGCUUUCAGGAACUUCAGUGAUGAGGUGCGCCACAACCUGUCUGAAGUGCUGUUGGCCACCAUGAACAUCCUGUUCACUCAGCACAAACGCCUGAAGGGGGCGCCGGCAGGCACGCCAGGACGACCACAGAGGACCAUAGAGGACAGAGACAUGCAACUCCGCAGCCAGGCCAGAGCCCUGAUCACCUUUGCUGGUAUGAUUCCCUACAACAUGGCCGGAGACACCAACGCAAGACUGGUGCAGAUGGAGUUACUGAUGAACUGAGACAUCACACGCGCACACACACGCACACACACACACACAGAAUCAUUUUGGUUUUAUCAGACUCAGUCAUAUUCACACACACUCACUUGUCGACCAUUUUUGUUUUGUAUAGAAUCCAACGUUCAUCAUUGUGUUAACAGACACAUCCUUAUAUCAUCUGUCUGAGUUGUCUGUUCUUUUUGUUCUGUUCUCUCUUUUUUCAGUUUUGUUGUUUCAUAUUUGUAUCUUUGAUGAUUUGGAAUAAAAAUUAAGUGUACUUUUAA